GAGCAUCUCCUGCAUCCAGCAGGCUGCAGUGAACGCGCUGAUUGGCCGACCCCGUGUGUAGCGUCAGCUCUGGAGAGGGGGAGCUUGGAGGACACACCGCUGAGCUGGGAGGGAAUACAUUCGCUGGGAGUUUGCCUUGUAAAAACCGAGCUACCGUCACCAGCUAUCCACUAGAAGCAGGCUCCUUGAGCAGAAUAAUUUAGCAUUAAGGGGACUUCCUUCAACCACCUAGCUCUUUUCAGAUUGGUAUUCUCCUUCUAUUCUCUUUGGAUCUUCGCAGCCUCUGUCAACCUGCAGCUAUGAAUUAUUUGCGCCGGCGUCUCUCAGACAGCACUUUCAUCUCCAACCUGCCCAAUGGCUACAUGUCGGACCUCCAGAGGCCUGACCCCGCAACCCCUCAGCCCACCACCCCAACCACCCCCGCCGCCCCGGCUAAGUCCCCCACGGCCGGGACCGCGCCUCCCGCCACGUCCCCUGCUCCGGAGAGGAAACCACCGUCGUCCCAGUCCACCGGGUCGGGCUUCUUCAGCUCCAUCACCAACGUGGUGAAGCAGACCGCUGCCUCAGCGGGGCUGGUGGAGCAGAGCCAAGUCACGACGUCCAAGAAGUUCAAGAUCCUCCUGGUGAUCGACGAGCCCCAGCAGGAGUGGGCAAAAUUAUUCCGGGGCAAGAAAGUGCUUGGAGACUAUGACAUCAGAGUGGAGCAGGCUGAAUUCAAUGAGAUCAACAUCUUGGCUCACGCCAAUGGAACCUGCAAUGUUGACAUGCAGGUGUACAGGAAUGGCACCAAGGUUGUCAGGUCCUUCAGGCCCGACUUUGUCCUCAUCCGCCAGCACGCCUUCAGCAUGACCCAGAACGAGGACUUCCGCAACCUGGUGAUCGGCCUGCAGUACGGCGGCGUCCCGUCCAUCAACUCGCUGGAUUCCAUCUACAAUCUGUGCGACAAGCCCUGGGCGUUUGCCCAGCUGAUCACCACCUACAGGAGGCUUGGUGCUGAAAAGUUUCCUCUGAUCGAGCAGACCUUUUACCCCAACUACAAAGAGAUGGUAACCAUGCCAGCGUUCCCCGUGGUGGUGAAGAUUGGACACGCCCACUCGGGCAUUGGGAAGGUGAAGGUGGAGAACCACAGUAAGUUCCAGGACAUAGCCAGCGUCGUGGCUCUGACCCAGACCUACACCACCACCGAGCCCCUCGUGGACGCCAAGUACGACAUCAGGAUCCAGAAGAUCGGCAGCGACUACAAGGCUUACAUGAGAACUUCUAUAUCUGGUAACUGGAAGAGCAAUACAGGCUCCGCCAUGCUGGAGCAGGUGGCCAUGACUGACAGGUACAAGCAGUGGGUGGACACCUGCUCAGAGGUCUUCGGGGGUCUGGAGAUCUGUGCCGUCAAAGCCAUCCACGGCAAGGAUGGAAAGGACUACAUCACAGAGGUUGUGGGCUCCUCCAUGCCCCUGGUAGGGGAGCACCAGGCGGAGGAUCGGCAGCUCAUUGCCGACAUGGUGCUGGCCAAGAUGGAGCAGGAAGCACAGAAUGCAGCUAACGCCUCCCAGAGACCAACCACCACACAGCCAUCACAGGGCGGCGGGCAGAAGGGCGAGCUGGUGGCCGACCCCACGAAGAACGGCGCGGCGCCGCCCCCUCAGGGCUGCCUGCAGUACAUCCUGGACUGUAACGGCGUGGCGGUGGGGCCCAAGCCCGUCCAGGCCAACUGACCUGUUGAAGAAGGAGCAGCAUCAGUGGGGUAGAGCCCAGAGAUCUAGAUAACCAGUGGCGUACAUUAUGGGAACACGAGAUGCAUAGGCAUGUAAAGGGGGGGUUUUUGGGAGCUAGAGCCAAAAUGUUGGCGCUUGUUAUUCCCGGACCAGCGCUGGGUUGGCCUGGAUUUGGCGGUGUUUUCCUUGUUUUGUUUUUCUUCCUCUAUGCAGUGUCCAAAUGUACUGUCUUCUUGUUGAUUCGCGUGGAUUCGUGUGCUUGUAAUGGUCGCUCGCUCUGUUGCCCUGUUAGCUGUAGUCUUUCCUUUGAAGCUGUCGUUGAUGAUGUAAUAAGCAGAUUGUGCCUACACUCCCCAAGUCCAGUGCUGCCCCGUGCCACCGGUUUGACACAGAUAUUGCCCCCACACACACACACACACACACACACACACACACACACAAACACACACUCUAAACACAGCCCCAACACCUACUCCCUUUUCUUUUUUUAACUCCCUAGCUUAUUCUUUUGCCCACACAAGACACAUCCCACCCCCUGCCGUUUCGCUGUGUACCUUUUCGAUAUUGUUCAAACUGUGGUUUGUCGUGCAGUUGGACGUGUGUAUAACUUGGUAUCUACAUGUGGGUGUGUGUGUGCGUGUGUGUGUGUGUGUGGGUGUGGGUGUGUAUGUAUGUGUGUGAAUAUUAUUUAUUUUUCAUACAUGUACUAAAUGGACUUUGUGUUGGUUUUGCAUGAUUGAUUCAAAAGCAGGUGAAAGUCUUUGAAAUAUCUAUAUAACAACCGCAUUGUUGACCGCCAGUAACACAGCAACUAUCUACAAUCUAUGGACCUUGUGAUUCAAGUGAGUAAAUGUGUCAUCAAAUAAUAUUUUUAUUAGUUCUACUAUGUAAUACAUUUACAUGAAAUGUACAUUUCAUCAUCAUGAAUGUUAGACAGCUAGUGCAUAGAACACCUUUCUCUAAAGAUUUAAGUUUGAUAAAUUCACUGACUUUAACUCUGACUAUAAAUAACAUGGCAAGAAUAUAAUUCAGGAAUACUCCUAGUAGGCCUCCAUACAACAAUGGACUGACAGUUCUAUAGACACAUUCCGUUCUAGAUUAUAUCCAGGAAAUUCGAAACAUGCAUUAAUUAAAUCUUUUGUAUUUUUUUGAACCAAAGAACAAAUUUAUCAAAAAAUAAUACUUUAUUCACUCUCUUUGCACUCAGAAGCCAACUGUUUAAAUAUCUAAGAGAGAACUUGUUGGGAGGGCAGUUAGGCAGGGAGACCUUCAGACACAAAUGUGUGGCAAAGGAAUGCUGUUUUCUACUCUAGUAUUAUGGUUGAAUGGAAGAAGAGGUUUAAGGUGAAAACUGGUCAUUAAGUGCUGAAGACCCCCCCUAGGGCCUUUUCUGGACGGUGUUGCCAUGACAACAGUGCAAUCUUUCGUGGUUCUCUCUGCUGAGAUUUUGCAUGGAAUUAAGCUUCUGUUACUGCCAUCGAAAGAUUCAAAGUUUUUGCCUUAUUAUAAUUCACUGUUCAUGAAAUGAAGAGUGCAAUAUUAAUAUAUAUAUGUAUUUUACUUAGUACGCUAUUUAUUUUUAAAAUCAGAUCUUCCUCCAUUAUUUAUUCAUGAAGCUAUAUUAACGAAUAUGUCAUCGACAUAAACCAAAACCCUUGUUUUCAGGUUGUUGUGGACACUGAGGCUAUUUUACAUGGUCAAUGGUCACACAGCCAAGUACGCUGACUGAUAAACUGUCAUUCUUCGACAAUAAUUUCAUUAUUUUUCAAGAUGUAUUAACUGCCAUUGUAUCUGUGAGAAUACCCUUGUAAAAGCCAUGCCUGAGGCUUUAUCGAUGUGUUGUUUUUGUUUUUUUAAGGAAAUACGCCAUUACUAUUUUAAAGGCAGGAAGGCUUUAGACUGUGAGCUUCAGAUCAUAGGAUUUAUAAGAAAUGGUGAUGUGGUUAUUUUAUGUGAAUAUUCGUGGGCAUGUUUAUGUGUCCAGGUGGAGCUUGUAUAUGUUCAUAUGUACAAGAUUGCAACUGUUUGGUCAUAUGGUAGCUUACUAAAUUACUGUACUUUUCAAUCUGGUGAUGGACUGUUUUAAAACCAUAGAACAAUUCAAUAAAUCAUGGGAAAGAUCCAUUAUGGAUCUUGAUGUGGAAUAAACUAAUUUGAUCCUUUGUGUUGUGGUAGUCUCGUGCUAGGCAUGACUCGGAGAGUGGUAAAUGUUCAACAACGUGGUUUAUUCUAACAGAGACACAAGGUAAACGGGCUUGCGUUCUGGAGGUGGUUCAUGAAGCAUCUGACGAACACAGACAAAAAGUUAUAUUGGGAGGGGGCGGAACAGUAAAUAGGCCACGCCUACAUGUUCCCAGGUAAAUCUUUGGACUGUCUUGGCUUAAACGGAAAUGGCAAACUUGCCAUGUUUGUAGUCUUUAACUUAUCAUUAAAACCUUUUAUGGUGUUGUCCAUUAUGUGGUGAAGAAACCGUUCAUAACUGUGGUUAGCUUGAAACAUGUCAUCAGAAAUAGCAUAGACUAAAAUAAUUUACAUCAAUCUUUCCCUUAUGUCAUCGGCAAUAAAGCUUCUUUUGCAAUAUAA